AUGCCUCUGGCGUCCGUGUUAGUGAUGGCGAUGCCUACGCAAAAACCGCGCAUUGGAUUCAGCAUCGAGUCCAUCGUUGGCAGUUCGCAACGGCGGCUCGUGAACCCGUCGCCGCCGCCACCAUCUUUCUCUCCCACCAGCGACGGCAGUUACUCCGGCUCGCGGUCUACUGAAAGGCUGAGGCCACAGCCGACUGAGGUCCCGAACCGACCACCAUCCGAUGGAUGCGGACACUUCCAGUUUUUACCUCAACAGCAGCAGCAGCAUUACCAUCAUCAGCGACCUAGAGUGACGGGGACACCACCGUUGGGCCCGAAUCAACGGCCCUCGCUCGGGAUGGUCGAUCUGAGCAGCAGUUCUAGUCGAAGUCCGCCGCUGGCCCAGACGCGCCUCUCGCCGGACCCGGAUUCUGAGCCCGGCCACCAUCACCGAUCGCCCCGAGGUUCCCCCUCGUCGCCACCAGGGCCGGGGCCCAACAACCGUGGACCGAUCGUGGUGCCGGGUAUUCCGGCCGGGCUGGUGAGGCCCUUCCCGGUGGCUGGGAAUGGGCUGGGCGACCUAAAGUCACUUCCACCGUUCCUGGGCAAUGGGGCGGCCGAGUUGGCGGCCGUGCAGGCGGCCCACAACCAACAGCACUUCCUGGCAGCCCAGUUCCAGGCGGCCGCCGCCCUAGCGCACGUCCAGGCCGGCCAGGGAGGCUUCCCGGGCCAUCCGGCGCAUCUAGGCCACGGUCAUCACGGUGGCGGCAUGCCACGCGACAGUUACCAGCUGUACCCGUGGCUCCUGAGUCGGCACGGGCGUUCCGUGUUUGCGCCCCGGUUUCCCGGCAAUUAUUUGCUGCCAUUUCGCAAACCGAAACGGGUACGGACCGCGUUUUCACCCUCGCAACUGCUGAAGCUGGAACACGCCUUCGAGAACAAUCACUACGUGGUCGGUGCGGAGAGGAAAACUCUGGCGCAGGCGCUCGGUCUCACUGAAACGCAGGUCAAAGUGUGGUUCCAGAACCGGCGCACCAAGCACAAACGGAUGCAGCAGGAGGAGGACGCCAAGUCGGGUGACGGAGCGAGGGGCGGCAGCGGUGGCGACGGGCGUCGCAGUCCCGGCAGUCCGGCCGGAAACUGCGACGACGACGACGACGACGAUGACGACGAGGAUGAGCUAAUCGAUAUGGAAAUGGAUGACGAGUGCCCGAGCGACGACGACGAGGACGAAGGACGAUGA